CCGCAGCGUAUUGGUUUAGCAGCCAAGCUUGGGAAUCCACUAAUUCCAUAUCAUCAUCAGAGAAGAGGGAAAACAAAACGAUCUACUAUCACAGGCUAGGAGUGACAUUUCUCCAGCUAUUAUUCGUCAUACCUGCCAUCAAUCAAUUAGUCAUCCUCCAGUGGGCCAACCUGCACACAUCUUGUGCCGUGCUGGGAGUGUUUAUAUUUAAACCAAUCACAAUCGGAGAUAAGUUGUUCGGUCCGUCGUUUAUUUCGCCUGGGUGCGUCCACGCCUGCCACUGGCUGCAUAGAUCUCGCCAGCCAUUCGGCGCAUACCCACUCAAGAAAUUACUGAAUUUUGUCCGCCAGACAAGAUAUUUUCAAGUUUAUGAAAACUUCUCUGCUGUUUCCCUUUCUGUCUCUUUGAUAAUAACGAGGCUCGGAUAAUUUCCAUUACGUUUACGGGAGGACUUGUGCCCAGCCUUGGGGAGGACAUUCCAAUGGCGUGCAGCAGAUUGUCUUACGGUAUUUUGGCUGUCAUGAUGUGUCUGGCUCUGAUAACAUCAAUAAGUGCAGCACACAGGUGCGAUACUUGCAACAAUGCCCGGUGCCAAGAAGUAUGUGGUGGUUCACUUGGAGUGGUGGGCAAGCGUACUUUGCCCAGGUAUCCAGACUUCGCUGCCUAUAUUCAAGAUCAGAUUCAAAAGCGGGAACCAGAAUCGUGUGGAAUGUUGGACAUUUAUCGUGCAGUUCCUCCGUCCUGCUAUGCCAAACUGGACUGGUUGGUGAGCAAGGCAGAGGAUUAUCUUCUCCAUGACGAGUAGGAGGAAACGUGCUGAAAGCCUGCACGAUGCACUGACGAAUCAACUACACCUUGCGUGCACACAUCGACAAUCUACUGAUCAGAGAACGAAUUUCUCGAUUCGAAAACUCGUCUUGAAUGGAAGGAAAAAUCUUUCAUUUGAUUGAAAAAAUUAUAGUUUCAUUUACAACUCUAUCAAAACGUCUUAACGGAAUGUUGUUUCGGAUUUAGGCAUUUAGAUUUUAGAAUUUCGAUCUAUAGGUAUUAGUCAAGAUUCAUGAUUUUCAAAAGAGGUUUGAUGUUUUGGAUUGUAGAUUCAUGUAAACUUGUUCAGAAAAGAUCCGACCCAUACUUUGGGUGGUUUUAAAUCUGAUUAAUGUAUAUUUUGCUAAGGUUUGUUUAAAGGUGCUCUACCCAUACUCUGGAACAUACUCGGUUUUUUUUUCUCCUCACGAAUUGGUAGGAUUUAUCUAAAAAUAUUUUUUUGAUUUUUCAACCCUCUGAAAAUAUGCUUUUAUUUUUGAUUGCUUUUACGCCCAUAUCGCAAAAAUAUGUGUCUGGAUUAUUAUCAUGCCGAAUAUAAUAUGAAAUGUGUAAAGCACUAAGUCCGCAAUUAAACGUUGUUGGAUGAGAUUGCUAGAUGUCUUAUUUAAAAAUUAAAAAUAAAUAACUUUUGGUUUGCUUGGAAAAAAAGACAAUUAAACAGACAUCUAUCCACGGAAGAGCAACGUUAAAACAACUUUUGAGUUAUAAGGUGGAUUAAGUCUCAAGCUUAUCUUUCCGUUUUAACAUUGUGUUUUGCUAAUAUUGCUAAAACUAAAGUGCCUUUGUGAAUUAUGUACAAUACAACAUGCACAGAAAAUAUAGAUUUCUGCACACACACAAAUUGUGGCCUGUCUGUGGUGAAUAAUAGACUAUAUAGUUCGAACGAACAACAAGCAAGAAUUCCUGAAUUUCUUUUGUUCGUGUAAAUUAUUUAUUUUGUUCUUUGACAUCAUUUUCAAAUUCAAUGAAUUCAUUAGUGCGAAGAGCUGCAUGGUCACACGUUGUCAUGAUAGAUAUUAAUUUACAGUAAUUUAUAUUAUAAACUGAACUAUUGACACGAUUGAGGCUCCAACAAGUGUGGCGGCCUGAUGAUUGGUAUGGUUCACUGCGCCGCAAUGGUUACACAGGUCGAUUGCAAUUAUCAAAAUAACGAUUCGACACAGUCAUAUCGAGCUAAAGUAUUUUUUAACCUUCGUUCUUUUAUUGCCUUAAAAAAAUAAUAUUUUAACAAAAAUACGAAAUCAUCACACAAUGAGAAGUGUCCCUAUUUGGUUGGUGCCAGACUUUAAAACAUGGAGGGGGGUGCAUGGCAAGGGAGGGGCAAAGAGAUAAUUUGGGUGGGCAACAAAGAAAAGUCACCAGCCGUGGGAAAAAAACCCGAAAAUCGGGGGAGCCUAAUUGGUAAAUCACCCAUUAAUGGGCGAUUUGUACACGAUAUAAUUUUUUUCAACUAUUUUGUUUACUUUCUAAAUAAACAUAAUAACAUAUAAAUGUAAAAACUUACAUGUUCUGGCAAAAUAUCGUAAUCAUGUGAUCAAUUUCAUCUCAUGACUGGAACAAACUUUACAACAGAAACCUCAGCACAAGCAGAAAAUCAUUAGUUUCUUUAUCAUGAACAGUUUAAAGCUGAUGGUAUUUCUGUUUGCCUAAAUUCUUAUUAAACUUUUUAUCAAAACAAUUAUUGACGAGGUGUAUUGACGGGGGAUACCCCGAGCGGAUCCGCUUAUCCCCCGUCCGGAUCCGCUAAUGUGGAUGCAUGACAGUUGAUAUACAUGCCAAACAUUGAGAACAACAGAAGUGUGCAAAUGUUUCGAUUUGACUUUCGAACCUUAAUGAGCCUGACAUCGUCAUAAUCAGGCU